UUCGUCGGCCAGCAGACGUUGCCAGAUGUGCUGCCAUUUAGGCGCUAUUUUCUACCUCAACUGACCGGGAAUUUCGGAUGGGUUGGCCGGAGAAGACACGUAAUUGCAAGGCCAAAGAGGCAAUACAAUUCUGAUUGAAAUGUUGCAUUUGUAGCAAUCAGUUUUCACCAUUGUCUUACGAGCUUGACACGUUGAAGAAUGGCGAUGAGGGAUCCGUUAUUGAGUAAAUUAAAAGCCGUCCUGCUGAGUUUGAAGGAAGGGAAACAACCAGUGACAGACAGCGACCCAGACUUACAGGUGUUAUGUGAGACAUUGGAAUGUAUACUCAGGAAAGGAUUAAAAAAACCAGGCUCUGUGUUUGGGCUCUACAAACGUGAUUAUUGGUGCUGGAUGGAAUCUUUAAUGAGCUCAGCGGGAAGCGAAAGACUACAUCCCAUGUUUUCGCUGGCCAUUGAAGCGUGCAGAUCACCAAACAAGGUGAAGAGCCACCAAGGGCGUGGCCGCUUCCUGAUCCGAAUCUGUCUCAAUAAGAAGAUUCUUAGCGUUCCUAUUCAGCACCUUCUUAAGAACCACAGGAUGCUCGAGAUUUGGUACGAUCCUCUUAUGUCAAUUAUUGGUAGUGACAUGCUUGUUGGAUCAUUGAUGUCACUUCUACAUUUGACAUCAGAAAUCCAGUUUGAGCUUAACUCUAAGAAUGCCAGUUUUCUAGAUGAGACAUGGGUCUUGCCAGUGUACAGACAGUAUGAGUUUGUCCCUUGUAAAGACCUUGGGAUAGUCAUUAGACAUAUCAGGCAACGUGUCAUCGUUGCUGAUGUCAAAGAAGACAGUGUAGCUUCUCAUAAAAAUAGAAUAGAACCUGGAGACAUUCUGGAUGAACUCUAUGGAGAGUCUCUAUACGGAAGCUCAAGGGGAAAGAUCAGCAGUUUACUUAAGCAACAUGAAGGAUGGCCAGUCUACCUAUCAGUUAUCAAAUGUCACUUGCGAACAGGCAAAGUGUUUCAGAAUGUCCGUGACAUCUGGUGCGUCUUGAGAGAUGAAUACAGUGGUUUCAAAGUCCCUACUGACCGAGACCCCAACCUAAGAAAAUCAUCAACGGACGGCGAUCAAGGAGAAGUGCUGCAUAAACUUAGCGGAAGCUCUGUGUAUAAAGUGAAGUACGUUGGCUGUGCAGGGGUAGGCAAAGAUGGUGGAACCGCCGUCAUAGAGAGCGCUAUUGCCAGCGUUCUGAAAGAGAAAGGACCAAAUUCCUCGACAUACAAGGAUGUGUACCUUGAGUUGGGGGAGACGAAUCUUAUUACGUGGGAAUCAUCAGACGAAGACACAGUCUUCAUGAAGCACUGCUACCCAGAAAUCUCCUCAUGCGGCCGGAGGACGGAUGCUCUUCUAUAUUUUGCUUAUGUUGCUGGUGACACCACAUGCACCAUUUCCAAGCAGUUCAAAUGCUACGUUUACUUCGCCAACUGUGACCAAGAGUUGCUGAUGGGACUCAACUUUGAGAUGAUAUACCAUGACUAA